CUGGAAGCCCCUCUGCGCCCGGGAGCGCAGGGCGCAGGGGAUCCGGGGCGCGGGGCCGAUCCCGCGCCCUCCCAUGGCUGCAGCCGCCCCGCGCGCCCCGGAGCCAGGCAGCGGCUGAGCGGGGGAGUGCCCGCGUCCGGAGAUCGGGAUGUCCCUCCUUCUUCUCUUGCUAGUUUCCUACUGUGUUGGAACCUUCGGGACCCACACUGAGAUCAAGAGAGUGGCAGAGGAAAAGGUCACUUUGCCCUGUCACCAUCAGCUGGGGCUCCCAGAAAAAGACACCCUGGAUAUUGAAUGGCUGCUCACCGAUAAUGAAGGGAACCAAAAAGUGGUGAUCACGUACUCCAGUCGUCAUGUCUACAAUAACUUGACUGAGGAACAGAAAGGCCGAGUGGCCUUUGCUUCCAAUUUCCUGGCAGGAGAUGCUUCCCUGCAGAUUGAGCCUCUGAAGCCCAGUGAUGAGGGCCGGUACACCUGCAAGGUGAAGAAUUCAGGGCGUUAUGUGUGGAGCCAUGUCAUCUUAAAAGUCUUAGUGAGACCAUCCAAGCCCAAGUGUGAGUUGGAAGGAGAGCUGACGGAAGGAAGUGACCUGACUUUGCAGUGUGAGUCAUCCUCUGGCACAAAGCCCAUUGUGUAUUACUGGCAGCGAAUCCGGGAGAAAGAGGGGGAGGAUGAACAUCUGCCUCCCAAAUCUAGGAUUGACUACAACAACCCUGGACGAGUUCUGCUGCAGAAUCUUACCAUGUCUUCCUCUGGACUCUAUCAGUGCACAGCAGGCAAUGAGGCUGGGAAGGAAAGCUGUGUGGUGCGAGUGACUGUACAGUAUGUACAAAGCAUCGGCAUGGUUGCAGGAGCAGUAACAGGCGUAGUGGCUGGAGCCCUGCUGAUUUUCCUCUUGGUGUGGCUGCUAAUCCGAAGGAAAGACAAAGAAAGAUAUGAGGAAGAAGAGAGACCUAAUGAAAUUCGAGAAGAUGCUGAAGCCCCAAAAGCCCGCCUUGUGAAACCUAGCUCCUCUUCCUCAGGCUCUCGGAGCUCACGCUCUGGUUCUGCCUCUACUCGCUCCACGGCAAAUAGUGCCUCCCGCAGCCAGCGGACACUGUCAACCGAAGCAGCACCCCAGCCAGGACUGUCCACCCAGGCAUACAGCCUAGUGGGGCCAGAGGUGAGAAGUUCUGAGCCAAAGAAAGUCCACCAUGCCACUCUGACCAAAGCAGAAACAACACCCAGCAUGAUCCCCAGCCACAGCAGAGCCUUCCAAGCUUUCUGAACUAGAAUGGACUUGACUCCAAUGCUUUCCCAGGAGUUGGGGUCUUAGGACUCUUCUAGUCACUGGAGCUCAGACACCAGCCACACAACCCCCUCCAACCAGAUAAGAGAUUUAAGUAGCAGUCAGCAUUGCAUGGAACAGAUACAGAUGAGCACUUUCCUUAUAUGACACCGAACAAGCAAAAGGAUGUACACUGAUCAUCUCCAAAAAGGCAUCUCGCAGUGCCUUUAGACCGGAGUGGGGAAAGCAGGGAUGUUUUGUAUCAAUGCUUUGGAUUCACCGUUGUCAGGAAGAAAUGGGAUGUUGUUUGUAAAUUUUCUAUGCAUUUCUGCAAACCUACUGGAUUAUUGUGAUUAUUCAUAUAGUCAAGCAGAACCCACAGCCUUAUAUUAACACCUAUAUGCACCAAGUACUGGGCUAAUUGCUUCUAAGAAACUCCUAGAAAGGAAACAUGUCUCUUCUAUUGCGAUUUGACUUCAUUUGUCAUAAGGUUUGGAAAAUAAUUUCAAGGGGAUUUCAAUAGUGGGAGAUGGAGAAGAAUGACUGCGUUUCUACCACUGUCUACUACUAAUCUUCCUACUUAUAUUAAACCCUAAAAUAAGAACUAAAAAAAGGAGUCCAAAAUGUGUGACAAGCAGGCUGUGAAAAGCUUUCCAUCUUAAUGAUAUUCAGAGGAUUGCUGACAAACAGAAAUAUAUACUGGAGUACUGGCCAGCCGCCAAAAAAAAAAAAGUAUAUACUGGAGCAAUUGUGGAUUUUCCCUCAAAUCAGAUGCCUCUAAGGACUUCCCUGCUGGAUAUCUGUGAAGGAAGAAAACACUCACUACAUGUCCAUUUAACAAUGUCCUUACAAAUAUGUCUUAGAGAAAGAGAUCUUCCAAAGACACUAAAAGAUGACCUGUCAUACCAUUAUAGCCUCUUCUUUCUGAGAAUAUGUGAAACCAGAAUUUCAAGAUUUACUAGAUUAGAAAGGGAGAUUAGAUCAGUUUUCUCUUCAUAUGUAAGGGGGCCAU